GCGAAGGCGGUGCCCCUCAGAAGUGAUGAUGGCGUUCGGGAGUGCGCUUGUCUGCUGCGCGUUGUGUUUUGGUUCUUAGAUUCGUAAUGGAAAUAAUAGUGUUGCUACAAUGAAUCACGUCUGGCAUGGAUUUAGGACGAAAAUUAAGUCUGUGAAGAAGAGUGAUUGUGUUGUGUGCAUUGUGGAGGUGUCCUUCACCAAGAACUCGACGCCCUAACCUGUGGAUUACUAAACCUGGUGUCUUCCCUCAUUUUAUUCUCCUGAAAAGCACCUCAAACCGGCAAGAUGGUGGUCGACAAGGCAAGCAUCAUGAACAUCAUGGGCGGCAUGGAGAGCACGGCGGGGGUCCGCCUGCACAACCACCGCCGCAAACUGCGCCAGAGGUUUGACAUCAUCAAGAAGCUAGGGCAGGGAACCUAUGGCAAAGUGCAGCUAGGCAUCAACAAGGAAACGGGGCAGGAGGUUGCCAUAAAAACUAUCAAGAAGAGCAAGAUUGAAUCGGAGGCGGAUUUAGUGCGCAUUAGGCGGGAAAUUCAGAUUAUGAGUUCUGUCCAGCAUCCCAACAUAAUCCACAUUUAUGAAGUUUUUGAAAACAGGGAAAAAAUGGUUUUAGUAAUGGAAUAUGCAGCUGGUGGUGAAUUAUAUGACUUUUUGAGUGAGCGCAAGGUUCUUGGUGAAGAAGAAGCUCGUAGAUUGUUUAGGCAAAUAGCAACUGCAGUUUAUUACUGUCAUAAGCAUAAAAUUUGUCAUCGUGACUUGAAAUUAGAAAAUAUUUUGCUUGAUGAAACUGGCAGUGCAAAGAUUGCAGAUUUUGGUUUGUCAAAUGUGUUUGACGAGACACGAUUACUAGGAACAUUUUGUGGAAGUCCUUUAUAUGCAUCUCCUGAAAUUGUUCAAGGAACUCCAUACCAUGGGCCUGAAGUCGACUGCUGGUCAUUGGGAGUUCUUCUAUAUACUCUUGUGUAUGGUGCGAUGCCCUUUGAUGGAUCUAACUUCAAGCGUCUUGUCAAACAAAUUUCUCAGGGUGACUACUUUGAACCAAAAAAGCCAUCCCCUGCUUCUCCUCUUAUAAGAGAAAUGCUGACAGUUUCACCAGCUAAACGAGCUGAUAUAGUCAAAAUCUGCUCCCACUGGUGGGUCAAUGAAGGUCAGAGUGAGUCCUGCCUUGAUAUUGCAGAGCACUUGGCCAAUCAAACACCUGUUCGACUAGAUCUCCUUCUUUCUCUUGCGCCCCCUGUGUCAUCAGAACAAGUUGUCGUUACCUCAGAUCAGCAGGGCAAUGGGGAGGUGGCUGGCUCAGCAGAAGGUCCAGUUAGGUCUCACUCUGUAGGUAGUCUUAUGGAUCUAGAUCAACCAUCAGCAGAGAGAAGAAUAAGAGAUUUUGUUAAUUCAACAAAGACAGAAAGUAGAGCAAAUAUUGAUAAAGCAGCAGAAACACCAAAACGCAAAAUUGAGGAUGCAGUUUCUACUGAAGAUGCUAGUGUUGGAGGGGCAAGGAAAAAGGAACGUUCCCGUAGCAAGCAGCGAAGUAGUCGCUCAGACAGGAGGUCCUCAAGCCACAGUAGGAAACAGGCUGAAACUAUGGAUGUUGAAGCCGAGGCUCUGCCCAGGAGUGAUUCUAAAGACUUGACUCUAGCAGCUGCAUGUGCCAUAAGUAAUAGUUUGCUUGAUAAGCCUUCUCAACCAAACAAAGCGGAGGCUGUUGAGAAAACUGAAGAAAAGCGAAAAUCAGUGAAAGGAAUUAAGAAGAAAACAAAACCAGAAAAAGAUGAGAACUCCGCUCUUACUGCUAACAGUGCAGAGCCAGAGGCAAGUGUUGCUGAGGGAAGAAGUGGAAGUGAACCCACACAAGAAGCCAAGGUGCCUGUGAGUGACGCGUCAGCAGUAGAGGAAAGCUCUAGAGGCAAAACCAAGCGAAAGGCUUUCGAUGGAGAUCAGUCAAAACGUGAUACAUCUGCUUCUUCGGGUAAUGACAAACUAAGUGAUACUAGCCCCAGUGAUGAAAGUGUUAGGUCUAGCCAGUCUGAACCAUGUGUUGAAGAAGUGAAGGACGGAGUGAAUGGUGAUGAUGUUAGUGAAGGUGUUGUGAGUAUUAUGAGUUCCUCCACAGCGCCUGUAUCUUCCCUAAGUUUAAGUGAUACUGGUGCUGAUAUUGCCAGUCUUGACAAGGCAAAAAGCCAAGGAAAAAUAAGCUUGUCAAAAAUUAUUAGUCCAGCCAAUGAAACACCAGCAGUGCCUGUACCUAAUACACCUGAAGAUGCAGAACCACCAAGGAGUACAGAACGUAGAAAAUCAAAAAUAUUUGAGACUGCUGAGAGGUUUAACAAUCUAGCCAAUACAGAAAGGAAGGGUUCAGUAGUAGAAAAGCCUAAGAAGAUUCUCAUACCUGGGGUCAAAGUGAGCGAUGCCAAGGCUGCAUAUGAGAGAAAGUCAUCCAUCACAUCUUCUACGACAUCUGUACCAGCAAUUGGUGAAAGGAAGGGUUCCAUAACUUCAGUACCUGCAGGAGUAAAGAACUCCUUGUCUAAAAAGACUGUCCAAGACCAGCCUAUGGAAGCUGCUAUUGCAGCACAGGAAUCUAUUACAGAGCCUUCAACACCAGCCCCAGAACCUCCACAAGAAGACCGAGCAAAGAAAGUCAAAGAUGCAGUUGGAGUUAUUAGUAGUGUUAUUGAAGGCCAAGUGACUGGCCGUAGAGUUUCUUUAAAGAAGACACCGAAACUAAAUUCAUUAGAUGAAUCCAAGCCUAGCACUCCAUCAGCUCCAGGUACUCCCCUUUCACCGACUGCAGUGGAUCCAAUUACAGGUUUGAAAACCGUACGAGUACAGGUUGCACCAAACGAUGUUCGUCUAGCAACAAUCCAGGUAUCAACACCACAAGCCACUAAGUACCAAGGAGAGGAACCUCCUCUUCCAAAGAAGGGAGUCCAAGCUACGUCAGAGGUUGAGGACUCUGAGCCAAAGAAGACCGCAAGUAAAAUGGAGAUCACUUUGAAGUCGGCAACUCUCCCUCGCCGUAAGACAUCUGAAGCAAAGAUACAGAUGGCUACACCCCCACCUCCUAAAGCACCUAGUCCAGAAAAGCUUGAGCGCAUGAUUCAGGCUCCUCCGUCUCCGGGAAGAAGGGCCAGUGCUGGCCAGCCAUUGGGCGGCUAUCGCAGUGAGGUUGAGCAUAUGGUCGGUGCUGCUGAAUACCCCAACAGACCGAGACACCAGAGAAGCGAAGUGUCUUUCCCUGUAGCAGCUGCAGGCAGUUCUACAAGAGUGCAUCCCAUGCCAUUCAGAUCUGCAUCAUGUGAGCCAGAGUCUUCUAAGUCAAAGCCCCGAGAGCAUAUUAUACCGAUACACUUUGAGGCCGAUGAAAAUGCCACUCCUCGGACAUCAACACCUCCUGCCAAGCCUCCUGUACCACCAACUACAUCCCAAUCGGCAUCAGGGAACUUACCAUAUCAAAGAACAAUGUCUCAGAUUUCUCAGAGGUCUAAUAGUUUGUCAAGGCAAAGUACGCAGGACUCUGAUACUGAAAGCACAAUUUCUCAAAGUGGAGGUGAACCUAUUAGAAAAUCUCCUCGUGAGUAUGUUAUACCAAUUGCUCUGGAAGGAGGAGGCUAUGUCACUCCCAGAGCUACAAGCUUAGAACCAAGUGAAGAAAGCCGAGCCUCAACUCAUAGUUUGCCCCGAUCUCGGCUUAGCAGCAGAACUAAGAGAAUGAGUCGAGAAAGACAUCGUACUAAAUUCAGUAGUCUUCUCAGUGAGAGUGAAGAUGAAGGUCCAUUUGCAUCUCUACAUCGACAUAGCUCUAUAGGUAGAGAUAGUGAUAAUGAAGACCGCCCAUCAGCUUUCCAUCUGCACCGUCUGAGGAGCUCAAGGCCCUCUCAGCGCACUCUAGAGCAUACAGAUAGUAUGAGUUCAGCAGAGGAAGAGGAGGAUGAUGAUGAAGGCUUUGAAUUGCUCACAGCUGAAAAUCUGUUUUCGUCUUUACUCUCAAGGGUUCGCAGUCUUACUCAAAGGCUAAAUGUAGAGGAUGGUGGGAGACCAGGAUUUCCUUCAACACGACUGCUUAGUCAAUUUGGUACUCAUCCUAGUUCCCGUGCAUCUCCUUUCAUGUUUCCUUCCUCAAGUCUGCUCAGCAGGGGUUCACCUUUUGAGCCACUGUCACGCAUACAUAACACCAGUACUCAGACGACAGUCACAACUACAUUUAAAAGAAUAUCUGAAACCUCAAGAUCAUUCAGUCGCAAUGACAGUGAAAGUGGCUCUGUAGGACCUACUCCUUGGAGAAGAAGUGUCAGCCGAGACGUGUCAGACACAGACAGUCUCUACAGUGAGUCGCAUGCAAGUGGCACAGUACCUAAAGGUCGGAGCAGCGGCGACUUCAGCGAGGCGUCCUCCUUGUCCUCGUACUCGUACACGCCCAGCCUGGCGGCGCGGCUGGCGCAGUACCACCAGGGCGGCGGCAGCGGCAACGCGUCCCCCAGCGACCGGCCGCACCGCCUGGCGCGCUCCUACAUGAAGAGCAAGUCGACGGGGACGGCCGGCAGCGGCGGCAGCGGUGCGGUGUCCGCGGACGAGCUGGCCGCGCUGUCUGGCCGCUACCCCCGCGGCGCCGGCACCCCCGGCAGCGCCAGCAGCGCCAGCAGCACCGCCGGCUACUCGAGUGCGCGGCGCGCCGCCCGCGCGCUGGAGCAGGAGCUCAACGGCCUCAACAUCCCUGCGUCCUACCUGCCGACCCCGUCCAGGGCCUCGGCCUCGCGCGCCCUGGAGGACGAGCUGGCCGGCCUCAACAUCCCGGCCUCGUACCUGCCGGCGCCCUCCAGGGCCUCGGCGGCGCGCGCGCUGGAGGAGGAACUCAACGGCCUCAACAUCCCCACGUCCUACCUGCCGACCCACGGCCCCAGCCCCAGCCGCGCCUCGGCGUCCGACGGUGACGACGUGUACUCGAGCGCGGCGCGGCGCCUGGGGCUGUCCAGGACCUUGUCGAUGCGGGAGCGGCCCGCCAGUCCCGGAGCCAGCUCCUCCACGUCGGGGUCCUACCGGCCGUCGCUGCUGUCGUCGCUGUCGUCGCCCGCGCGCCGCCCCUACUCGUCCUACGCGAUGUCGCUGUCCGACUCGGAGCGGCCGCCACUGCCUCGCCGGACCUCUGGCCUCGGCUUGACGGGGCUGGGCCUCGGCCAGGGCCUUGGCCAGGGCCUCGCCGCCAGGGCCAGCGACGACGACUGCGCCUACUAUGAGAUCAUGCCGUCACACCGGAAGGAGCCCGGCAGCGAGGGCAGCAGCAGCAGCAGCAGCAUCUUCACCAGGUCGUGCCCCUCCAGCGCCUUCCUGGGUGACGCCCCCGCCCGCUCGCCCUCCGGCAUCGCCACCCCCGGAACCUCCGCGCCCGCCUUCGCCGCCCCCGGCUUGGCCGCGGCCACCCCUGGGCCAACCACUCCCCACCAGGAAGAAAUAGAAAUUCCCGCCUCGAGCAAGACUGAAUCCCCUGGCACUGCCGAAUCUGUCCCUACGGUCGCCGACACUGCCAGCACCCCGCCGACGACGUCCUCCACGACUGCGCCGCCUGCCCAGUCCAGGAUGGGGCGCUCCAUGUCCGUGAACCGCGAGAUUGGCCCCGGCCCGGCCAGCAGCCUGGGCCUCGCCGCCGGCUCCACCGCGGACCUGUCCUCGCUGAGGAGGUCGGCGUCGACGCGCGCCACACCGGAGCGCUCCAUCCUCAGCAAGUUCUUCCGCGGCUCGAGCUCUGGCGACGAGCAGCCCAAGCAGCCCAAGGCCAGCAAGCAGCCCGUGCAGAGGCGCAUCUCGCGCUUCCUGCGCCCGGACUUCUUCGACACGCCGCGCGAGGAGAGCGCCUACGCCAAGGAGCAGGACCUGCAGCGCAGCCGCAGCCGCAGCGCGGCCAGGGAGGAGCCAGAGGCGGAGCCGCAGCCUCAGCCAGCGACGCAGCCAGAGCCUCAGCCAGAGCGCGGCGGCAAGGCGGCCAAGGACAAAGAAGCGAGCAAGACCAGCAGCCGCUUCCUGCAGUCCCUGGAGAGGCGGCUGGAGCGGCUGCGGACGGGGCAGCCGCAGCCACCGCCGCAGCCCGUCGCCGCCCCGCCCCCGCCCCCGCCCGCGGCGCUAGCCCCCAGCAGCGCGACCAGCCGCAUCGAAUCCACCAUCCGCAGCCUACGCGAACACAGCCUGGAGCCCAAGGAGGCCGACGCGGCCCCCACCGAGUCCAGCCUGCUCAAGAGGGCCGUGUCCGUGAGCGACAUCGCCGGCGGCAACGCGGCCGCGCCCGCCGGCAGCAGCGGCGGCAGCAGGAUCGCCGGUAGGGUCAUGAGCUUGUUCAGGAAGGACCCCGCCGACGUGAAGCAGGGCCUCAUCCCCUCCUUCAGGCCCCAUCGCUCCUACACUGGUUCGACCAGCGACAGCGUCCUGGACGGCGCGGGCCUCGCCACCGAGCGGCCUCGUCGCAAGAAGGAGCCCGUCAAAGCAAGUCCUGCUGCAGAGCCCGUUCCUGACGGUGCCAAAGCAAGCCCUGCUGCAGAACCUGCUUCUGGCGGUGCUAAAGCAAGCCCUGCCGCAGUACCUCACGAGCCGGCCGCUGCAGGCGCUGCUUCAACACCUCCGUGCGCCGUCUCGGUGGACGUGAGCAUCGUGCUGCCGAGCCGAGACAAAAACAGUGAUUUUCGCAUUUCCUGCGCCAAAGAGGAUUCCAGUGCAGGCCAAGUUAUCAUUCCGAGUGGGGGCAAAGUUGGAGCCGACAAGACUGAGGCGACGGAGAAGGCGGUGGCCAACGGCGACGUGGGCGUCCCGGUGACCGAGGGCGGGUCCGUGGCCUCGGACCCCAAACCGACCAAAGUGGCCCGCACCAAGUCAGGGUCCAAGGUCAAGGGGCUCUUGUCUUCCAAGAGUAAAACCAAAAUGGUCAAGAAGAAGGAUUCUGACGCGAAGCCGGUCGAAGGAGACGCCUCCAGUAUUUCGAAAGGCGAAACUUCUGACUUGACAUCGACUGAUACGAAGACUCAAGUGGAGAGCUCAAUACCCCGACCUCCACUCGCCAGUGUAGAGUCCAAUCUACCUGGCCCUUCAACACUGCCUAGUAACCCGUCUCAGGAUUCUUCAAAGUCUGCAGACGCUCCUGCCCCUAAAACUGGCAGCGGUGCUGGAACUGAUACGCCUUCAAAGCACCCUGUCAAACUGAAAUCAAGUAAAAUCGAAGAGACGUCCGAUGGUCCUUUUGUUCGAUCGUUCUCGAAACUCAAACUAGGAACGAAGGAUGAGCCCUCAAGCCCUCCUAGGAAAUCUCUAUCGAAAAGCAAAAUACCUGUUGAUGAUAAAGCACCAGUGCUGCUGAAGUCCUCUUCAAGGGGCAGGCUGUCUGACGUCAUCGGGAAGCCCCUAGCGGGGCAGGGCACCAAUGGGCUGGACCCGCCCACUUCAACUAGCCUAGUGAAUGGGGGAGUCUCCGUGUCCAAGCCAUCACCCAAAGUUAUUGUGGCCAAGACUGAAGGCAGCUCACUCGAAUUUCCAUUGAGGUCGAGCUCCAGAACCAAACUCCGGAAAGAUGAAGACAAAGAGGCAUCCCCUCCUGUGAAAUCUAUCUCUAGAUCAUCCAUACGGAAAGAAGAGCCCAAGUCCAAAGAAGUUUCUCCUGUCAAGUCAUUUUCUAGAUCUUCAAUUCCAAAGGAGGAGGCAAAAACGACUGCCAACAAAGAAAAAUCCAUCGAGAUCUCAACUUCCGAUUCUUCUCCUCCUAAAGAUGAUGAAAAAAUUAAUUCCUCCAAAGAAACAUCCCCUGUGAAGUCGGCCUCCAAAGCCACUCUACGGAGUAAAGAAGAUUCCAAGCCUGUUUUAGAAAGAGAAAAGUCCUUGGUAAAAUCUUCUUCGCGGUCAUCAGUGCGAAAGGAUGAUGCAAAACCAACCGGAGACAAGACUGUGCUCGUUUUGAAGUCGACCUCCAGGUCAUCGCUUCGCACAGCAGAUGAUGCAAAGCUGGCGUCAGACAAAGGAACUUCCCUUGUCAAAUCGAAUUCCCGCUCUUUUGUGCUGAGCAAAGACUCGCCCAAGGAAACUUCUCUUUUAAAGUCUUCGUCCCGCUCUUCGGUGCUGAGCAAAGACUCGUCCAAAGAAACUUCUCUCAUAAAGUCUUCCUCCCGCUCUUCGGUGCUGAGCAAAGACUCGUCCAAAGAAACUCCCCUUCUGAAGUCUUCUUCCCGCUCGUCAGUGCCGAGCAAAGACCAGCCGUCCGUCGUCAAGUCUUCGUCGCGGUCUUCCGUUCGCAAGGACGAGCCAACGAAGCCCGCCAAGUCGCUGUCGCGGACCCGGAUCCCGAGGGACGAUGUCGCCGACCUGAGCGUCGUGUCCGACCCGGCGGCGACGCCCCCGUCCUUGGUGGCGCGCUCGUCCUCCAGGACCAAGCUCCUCCGCAGCGACGAGAAGACGCCGCCGAGGACUCCGCCGAAGCCGGCGGCCGGCGACGACACCAGCCGCGUGGUGACCUCGCCCACCAGGUCCGCGUCGAGGACCAAGAUCCCCGGCGAGGCGGAACGGAAGUCCCCCACCAAGAACGGCGCGGACGCCACCGUGUCCCCGCUGAGGAAGUCGCUGUCGCGGGGCGCGCUGUCCAAGGACGCGGACAAGGCCGUCUCCAGGUCCAACUCCAGGACCAAGGUCUUCAGCAAGGCGGACUCGCCCGUCAGCAAGUCGCCGUCCAAGGGCAAGGUGCCGAGGUCGAGCGACGACAAGAAGAGAGUCUCUGAGGCGGGCGGUAUCCCCAAGGCCAUCAGCAAGAGCCCGCCGGCCAAGGAGAACAACGUCCCCAAGGAGUCCAUGGACACCGAGGCCGUCAAGCAGGACGAGGUGCGCAGCACGGCCCGCACGCUGCGGAAGUCCACCUCCCGGAGCGGCGAGUCCGUGGACACCGAGGCCGUCAAGCAGGACGAGGUGCGCAGCACGGCCCGCACGCUGCGGAAGUCCACCUCCCGGAGCGGCGAGUCCGGGAGCCCCGUCCGCCGCGCCGUGUCCAGCAGUCCGGGGCUCCGCCUCGGCCACAGCCCCAGCCCCAGCCCGGGCCCCAGCCACGGCCACGGCCUCCGCGUGCCGCAGCAGCGCGGCCACCGCGCCAGGGACAGGGGCGCCAACGGCCCGCUGCGGCCGCGCAGCACGCGCAGCACGCGCAGCGUCUCGCACACGCGGCCCACCCCGGCCGACGACCCCGACAUCCCCGUGGUGUCCCUCAAGGACGUGGAGCGGCGCCACCGCGAGAUGCUGCUGGACAAGUGGUCGCGCAGCCUGCAGUCGCUGCACGCGGAGCAGGACAAGCAGGCCCGCGCGCAGUCCGAGUCCGCCACGACCGCCGCGCCCGCCGCGCCCAGAGAGGAGCCCACCGGGAUCCCAGCGCCCACGACGCUGACGGCCACCCCGCGGCCACGACCCGCGCUGCACCUCGACCUGUUCCCCGUGGCCGCGCCGCAGCCCAGGGCCACGUCGCCCGCGCCGUCGGACUCGUGGUCGGUGUGCUCGGACGCCUCGCCGUCGCCCACCCCGCCGUCGACCCCGCCGUCGCCGUCCGCAGAGGAGGGCCCGGAGAGCGUGAGCGACCGCAUUCGCCGCAAGAGCUUCUACACCCGCUUCAACGACAUCAAGAAGAAGAAGAAGAAGCCGACGUCGCCGUCCUCGUCGGGGACGCUGGGCGCCUCGCUGCUGUCGAGUCCGUCGCCGCGGCCGCGCCCCGUCCUCGACCUGGACGACGCCCUCUACGGCGCGGCCACCUCCACGCCGCGGCCGCGGCGGUCGCCGGCGGUGUCCCCCGUGACGGGCGUCCCCGUGGUGGGCAUGCCCUACCUCAACGGCGGCCUCUACGACGCCGCGGUGCCGGCGUCGGCCGUCGCCUCGCCGUCCGUCCUCACCAUGGACCGCUCGCCCACCUGGGAGCGCAGCGGCAUCGAGCUGCGCAACGACCUCAUGUUCCACAACCUGGGCCUGCACCGCUUCGACCCCAACAACCUCUCCGUCAAGAAGGAGUCCCUGUUCGAGCUGCUGUCGCCCACCGGGUCGGGGCCGGCCUCCUUGCUGGGGCAGGCCAAGCCGACCAGUCCCGCCGCCACGCCGAGCGCGUCGACCGCCGCCCUGUCUGGUUCCGUGACCGCCGUGGCGACCACCGUGGCCUCGGACUCCCCGGCAGGGCACGUCGCGGUGCCCAGCGGUCAGCAGCCAGAGGCGAGGGCCGCGGACGCCGAGCCCCAGACAACGUAAGGCCAGGCGAUGGCACAGACUCAGGCGUCUCUCCCCGGUACUGAUUAUAUGUGUGUGUAAAAAAAGUAGUUGUGAUAUUGCAGUGUUUCCCUAUGGCUGUGGGGGCCUCCUUCCUGAGUGUUUCUUUUCUUCUUUUUAGUUUUGAUGCAAGUACUAUGUAAAAUGGGUUUUGCAGUCAGUUUUGGUCUAUGCAAAAUAGUAACAAGAAAAAGUGCUUACUGAGGAACACUGUGAUAUGAUUAUGAUUUUGUCACAUUUUUUUGAGGCUGCGAUUCAUUGAAACUGGGUUCAUGUCUCAUUUGUUUACAUAUAUAUGUAUAUUUUAAUUCGUUUUCUUUUGUUGCGUUUGCCAUUAUGUCUGUUACCAAACUCACAGAGUAAGGAAAAGGACACUUCUAUCCUCUUGAAAUUAUUGUUAUUUCCAAUGCUGUAAUACUGUGCUUCCAUUUUUUUGGAACUUCUAUUUAGUGUCUUCAUCAGUCGUGUGAUAUUUGUCUUUUAUGUUGAAUCAAAUUUAACAAUUACCAGCAUUUUCUUAUUAGGAAAAAGCUCUAUUUUGAGACUUUUUUUUUGUUUGCAUGUCAUUGUUUUGUAAACGCAGUGUGAUAGUCAGCUCCAAGAGUGUAUAAAGUUAAGUCUUAAUAUUUGCUUCAUUUGACUUCUGAAAUUUUUGUUACUGCUUGUUUAUCUUAUAUUUAUCGUAAGAAAUGUUAAAUCUGUUUAUGCCGUUGUUUACUAUGUUUUGGCAAAAUUUGAACAGUGAAACACAAAGUUUUCUUCAGCACAACAAUUCUAUUUUCAUGCAAUCUAAUUGCAAUUUGUUUUAUAAAUUAUUGACCAAAGAUACACAUUUAUUUGUCUAUGUCUCAGUUUGUUCUGAAUUUAAUUUAAUGAAAGGAGAAUUCCACUGUAUGACCUAAAAAAGUACACUUGACUGAAGAUGGUACACUCCUUGAACAAUGUGCUGUGCUUAUGGUCUUUAAUCAAGACAGAUGUUUUUGAAUUGUGAAGAGUUUAUACUCCUUGUUGAUCGAGGCUGGCUCUGUUGACGUUUUACAUAGUAGUAUUAUGAUGCUGCCAAUGAAGUCUGAUUUUCAAAAUCAAAGCUUUGUAUUACGGGAAUUAUGUAAAAGACAAUGCCACAAUCUAGAGCUGUAGAGCAUGUUCUCAUUUUCAAGUCGGGCUUCACUUCUCCAGUGCUUGCCCGGCGUGCAGGCAAACGGCAUGCCUUGACAGGAUUUGUGAAAUUGACUGUAAGAUAGACAAGACUUAUAGUGCUGCUAUUUGCAUACUUUGUUGCAAGCGUUUUAUUAGCCCAAUGUAAACCAGGGUCACUGUUUCACAUUGAUUUUCUCUUUAGAUAUUCUGCAGUAUAAUUAGGAUAACAGGAUCGUGGCGAAUUAAUCCUAAACGCAAAGCAUGAUUGUGUGAAGUGCCUUAUUUACCAUGUUCUGUUUACCAGACACCUAAUGUACAGAUUGUAUUAUAAAUGAAUUAAAAAGAAAUUUAGCGUAUUUA